UGGCUCCUCUCCACUAUUCCACUUCACAUCUCCCAUAGAUAUGAUGUUUAUUAACCUCUGAUCCCCCAUUGUCGCAUGAUUCACAGAACCCUGUCAUCAAUUUCAUCAUACAUAUAUAUAUGCACACAAAUGGGUGUUUAUCAUUCUUGAUUCCUUUCCCACUUUUCCCUCUCCCAAUGCAAUAAUAAAGUUGGGCCUUUCCUUUCACUCCACACUGCAUCUUCUUCUUCUUCUUCUUCCUCAAAGUGUGUGUGUUAUCUUCUUGAAUGAAUUAUUGAAUACUGCUGCAUUAUUGUAUUGGUAGUGUUUUUGAAUGGGGAAGUUGAGGUUUGGUAGGGUGUUUGAUAGUCUGUGUCUUAGUUCUGGGUCUUCUUGUUUCUGCGGCAUCAACAGCUUUGGGAGUGGUCAAGAUGGUGAUCACUUUGAGAAAAGGCCACUCAUGUUGGGUGACCACCCAAAAGAUGGGCAUGGGCAUCAGCAGGCUGUUAGGUUGAAGGAUGUCAUUUCUGGACCUCCCACCUUGGCCUUUCAACUCAAGCCUAAGAUGGUGGUUCUAAGGGUCUCCAUGCAUUGCUAUGGUUGUGCCAAGAAAGUGGAGAAACACAUCUCCAAGAUGGAAGGAGUGACUUCCUAUCAAGUGGACUUGGAAACCAAAAUGGUGGUUGUUGUGGGAGACAUUGUUCCUUUUGAAGUGUUGGAGAGUGUUUCCAAAGUCAAAAAUGCAGAGCUUUGGACUAUCACUACUCAAGAAAAUAUGAAAGUUAUUAUAUGAACUGAAGUUAUGAUAUAUGCUAUCUAGGAUAUUAAGAAUACGGGUGUUAUGGGAUAUAUUUUAAUAUAUAUGGAAACCAAUUAAGAAUAGGGCAUACCUACAUAGAUGAUUUUUGUGCUAUAUCUAUGAAAUUUAGUAUUUGUAAAUCCCAGUGAUCGAUUAUAUCAUAUCUCUGUUCAAGGGAGCAAAUUUCUUAGGAUUUUUUUUUUUUUUU